UAAAAUUUUAAAGUUUAAGGUGGUCUUGUUGUCCUUGUCUGGGAGCGAUUGUUCCGUGGUAGUGAUCGAGAAUGUACUCUUGUCAACAUCCAGAAUUCCCUGCGCGCAUUUUGGUCACCUGAUAUAUUUCCCGCGCUUUUUCACACGUGAGUCUGUUUUUCGUGUUGGAAGAAGAGAAUCAAAAUGUCUGCACCUUCUACACCGAGAGGAAGAAAGCGCUCUAGAGGAAGCCCUCCACGUGAGUAUAUCCUUAUUAAUGCUAUUAUUGUUUCCUUUGUUGAUUUCUCUGCCCUGAUUUUACAUCAUGCUUUCUCUCAUUCAAUUUUUACGUCGAAAAAGUGUCGAUCUGUUUUGCACUCGGGUCCAUCGAAAUUACUUUGACCAAUUUCAACCUCUUGGAACUUUGCUCGUCAAUAUAUGGAUAAAUUUGAUUACCUUUUCAUCUGGAAUGAAUACCUGAAAAAAAAGAAACUCAUUGACGUAGGUUGAUCAUGCAUCAGGGAAGGAUGAAAGAAAUAUGUAACCUUUUUUGCACAUUUAUGAUUAAUUAUGCCGAGCUCCGAUGGAUAAAUGUUUUACGAUUUUGUCAGCUUAUUUUUCUAACCCAUUAUUCGGCACAUGCUGGUGUCAAUAGCCAUUUUUUUUCUCGCUAAGUUUUAUUAACGUAUUAUCUCGGAACCGAAUCGUAAGAUGUGGUUCCUGAUGCCUUGCAUUGGUCAUUUCCUUCUCACCACGCCGCCAGCAAUCGGCACAAUUCAAGCUCGCUCUGUAUUAAUUACUAAGGCUUUUACUAAGACCCAUGAAAGUCAACCGAGUGCUUGUUGAUGCGAGAGCAGUAUUCCAUCAAGAAAGGAUAAACUGAGAAAGUUUGAUCCCUCAGUUUUGAUGUCGUAAUUUUCUGUUCAUGUAGCAUCUGAUGCUUCUACAACCAGUACGCGUAGUACUCGCAGCAACCGCAGGGGCUCAAGGGCAACAUCUCCAACAGCUGCUCCUGCAGUGUCACCCCCAUCUCAACGACGACGAGUAGAUGAACCGUCAUCCCCUCUCCCAUUAGCACCUACCUCACCAUCUGAGGGACAGCCUGAUCCUGAUCAAUCUGGACUGUUCUCAUCACCUCAAACCAGAGGAGGGCUGGAGACAAGUGAAAUUGACCUUAGUUCGCCUCUUAACUAUGCUACACCAAGUUCAAGAGCUGGUGGUACCCCAGCUGGUAGUCUGUAUCCUCUAAUAGAAGUAUUUGCAUUUGUGUUUAAAAUUUGCAUGAUCAUGCCGUGUGGUUUUUAACAGAAACUAAAAGAAGUUGAAUAAGGGGAAUGGGAUCUGAUGAAUUUUUGCUUAGGAUACUUAGCUUGAAUUGUAAAACAAAAUUGCAUCAGUGUAUCAAGUAUUGGAAGUAACAUAUUUUAUAACACCAAGCCUCCUGGUAGAAUAUAGAAUUUGAAGAAGGGCACAUUAUGUAGGAAAAAUGGAAGAACAUUUGGUAAAUUGUUAAAAAUUUUUCAUAAGAUGAAUAAACAGAAACUGUAAUUAUUAGAACUUUUUAAAUUAGCUACUUUUUGAUUAAAAGCUUGUUAGCUUUGAGUCAACAUUUGAGAAUAUAGUUUUGUCCAAAUUCUGUGCUUUUCCAAAUGAAUUUGAGAAUUCCUUGUGAGCCUAUUAUUUGCUGUGAUUCAAGGUCAAUUUAGCAAUAUUGUAUGCUAGCACAAUGCCAGUAAUCGUGAACAACAGGCUGACCAAUAGCCCAAGUAUGCAGCUGCAGAGAAUAAUCUGAGUUUGAUUGAACCUACAUGAAACCAUUGAUAGUUUCAGUUUCCUUAACUAAAGAUCAGAGCUGGUACACCAAUCCGACAUCGUAGUGAUAUUCGCAGCGACAGGCGAUUGCGUCAAGUUAAUCUGGGAGAAAAUCAACCAGUAAGUAACUUACACCAAUAUUAUAGGUUGAGAUAUGCAUUCUUGUUCCCUUUUUCUAGGGUUCAAAUAAAAUAAAAUUUUUUUUUGUCUCUUAGCCGUCUGAUACCACUGAUCAGCCAACUGGACCUACUAGUGAUGUUGCCACAGCUCCUGCAUUGGUCAUCUGGGGAACAGAUGUUGUUGUGAGUGACGCUAAGGAGAAAUUCAGAAAAUUUGUCUGUGACUUUGUUGACGAAGAUGCUGAGGAUAUGGGCGAGGGAUUUGAUCCCCUUUUGCCAGUCUACUUGCAACGCCUUGAUGAGGUAAUUACUGUUGUUAUGGCCUUGUGAACUGGUGCUUUUUCUUAAAGCUCCACUAAAAUGGUGAUCUGGAUCUCCUUUUUAUUUCUGUGACAAAUAGAUUAUUUGAUGAGUCAUCUUGAAAUAUUUGGAAUCUGGACCUUCUCAUUUGUUUCUUAACAUGCAAACACAAGGGUCAACAAAAAGACCUGUAUUGUUACCUGAAGCUGAAGCCCUGAAGAACUUCAAAUUAUGAAAAAACAAAAACAUCUUUUUGCAAGCCAAAGUAGGCAUUUGCAACUAGUCUUCUCAUACACUUUUAUGUUGUUAGAUUAAAGUACAUUUACAAUGGUACCUUGAUAAAAUCUAGCCUCUCUACAUAUUUCAUUUAGUUUGAAAACCGUUGAUUAGCACUGUCUAACAUAAAAUAUUUUCAUGCAGAUCCACGUAUUGGAGACACCUUUCCUGAACAUUGAUUGUGGUCAUCUGAAGACAUUUGAUGCUGAUUUAUACAGGCAAUUGAUCUGUUAUCCGCAAGAAGUGAUUCCUACCUUUGAUAUGGCUGUGAAUGAGGUGUUCUUUGAAAAAUACCCUGAUGCCCAGUUGCAACAUCAAAUCCAGGUGAAUUAAUAUUUAAAAUGCAAAAGGAAUUUGUUAUCAAAGUAAGAAACAUGGUAAGUUAUAGCUUACAGUGGACAAAGAAAAAAUUCUGACUCCCCAUGAGGACUCAGAAUUUUUUCUUCAUCCUGCACCUCUGACAAGACAAAACAAAUCUUUAACUAUGAAUUCGUUAUUAUCAUAAUAUUUUUUCGAUGUUGAUGACCAUCACAUUUAAAGAUUAAUUCAUUUAAUUUUCAUUUUUAGGUCAGAACUUUUAAUGUUGACAAAACCAAGAAUAUGAGGUCACUUAACCCUGAAGGUAAAAGGAAACAUUGAUUUGGAGUAUUUUGUGUAUAUAUCUUUAAACAAUACAUAUUAAUUAGUUGUCUUAUAUUGCAUUGUAUUAAUUUUUUAUAAAUAUUAAUUUUUUUUUCAUGUAGACAUUGAUACACUGAUUACAAUCAGUGGAAUGGUGAUAAGGACAUCUCAGGUGAUACCAGAGAUGAGGGAAGGUGAGAAAGACUCAAAAUUUUCGCACAAAGAUGAAACUUUUUAUUUCCUAAUUUCUUUCUUGUCCUCUGUGUCAGCUUUCCAACUUUUUCCUGUUGCACCACCCAUGAACAACAUGGUGGGAAAAGCAAACUUGAAUUAAAUUGAAUUCCUCUGGUAGAAUCCAAUUGGAGGUUCUUGAAUCCAAAAUCUCCUCAAAAGCUACUUCAUAACCUCCAUGUAUCUUGAUUAAGACAUUGCAGAAGAGUUCUUUGUUAAAUCUUCACUUUGUUUUCUGAUCCUCAGCUUUCUUCCAGUGUUAUGUUUGCCAUGCAUCAGUAUCAGUGGAAAUUGAUCGAGGUCGCAUCGCUGAACCUGCCUUAUGUCGUAAUUGUAACACAAACCACAGUAUGGUCCUGAUUCAUAACAGAUCACAGUAUACUGACAAACAAAUCACCAAGCUACAGGAAUCCCCUGGUAAAAAAAAAACAUAUUAACUUGUUGUUUAAGUAAAUUAAGGAUCCUUGAUUUAUUUGUUCAUAAUCAUACGUAAGUGAAGAAUUGAUAUUUUGGUUUUAUCUAUAGCAUUAUUCAGCCUUUGAUCAACAGGGGGCUGAUUCAGGGUUUCAAAAUGUUUUGAAGUAGGCAUCAGACUCUGCAAAAGUAGGUGAUUGUGAAAAGUUCAUCAACCCUUUAACUCCCAGAUCAAAUUUGUUAAUAUCCCUACUGUCAACCAUACAAUUCAUAUAAUAUUAGUUCAGAGAAUUAAGUAUUGGAUUAACUAAUUAUCCCCAAAUUGAUAUUUUUCUUCAUUCUCAUCACUUAUCUGGUUGAUGUUGUAAGGAGAAAUUCUGUCUUGGUCACUCAUGGGAGUUAUAGGGUCAAGGACCAGAAGGAAAUUAUAUUGACCAGAGUAACUGGCAACAUGUUAUCAAGUAACCAGCAGAACUCUGGUGAUAGCCAGCUUGUUUUAAAACCCCUGCUGAUUGUUAAGACCAUUUACAAGGACUUGAUCACCAUUGCCAUCUCAAUUUCUUGCCCUAGGUUACAAAUUUGUUCUAAACCCUGCCACAAUUUUUCUUUCUCAGAUGACAUGCCCCCAGGACAGACUCCACACACUAUCAUGUUGUUCUCCCACAAUGACCUGGUGGAUGCAGUACAGCCUGGAGACAGGUACAUUGUAAAGGAGCAAUUAAGUCAUUAUGCACAGAUUCUUAAAGACAGCCAUGUCACAGUAUCUCUUGUCAUUUUCUGCCCAGAAAAUAAUUACCCCUAACUUAAAAGAAAUCCUGAAGUACUUGUUUGGUAAGGUAGAAAUACACAGUCUUGAAUGACUUCAGACUGAGUGUUUUAAAUUGAUAAAAAGUGGUGAGUUUCAGAAGAAAUUGUGGUGCUGCAUUGUUGGGAAGAGGGGGGGGGGUUGAUAAUGUAAAUUGGCAGUUGUAAAGAGUGCAUGAAGUUUUGAAUGUUAACCCUUUGACAGAUCAGAGCCUUCUUUUCACUCUGAUGAAGGGCUAAUGCUUGAAAUGUCAGCCUUAGAAACUCUUGGUGAAUGUUUUAAAGGUGCACAAACAAUAAAGAAACCUCUAUACAAGUAUGCCUUUAAAUAUUGAUGUUCUGGUUUACAGCCACAGUUUGAAGUCAUUCUUUUAGUUAGUAAAUUCACAAGCAUGAAUGUAGUGACAUAAGGAAAUUAUUUUACAUGCUUGACAAUCUUUCAGUGAAUAUAUUUUUGUUGCACAAUUCCCAUGCUUUACCAUUGGUCUACAAUCUUAUUAGGGUCACAGUGACAGGAAUUUACAGAGCCACCCCUAUGCGUGUGAAUCCACGUCAAAGAAAUGUGAAAGCUGUUUACAAGACAUACAUUGAUGUGAUCCAUUUCAAGAAAACAGACAAGAAAAGGCUUUAUUCUAAAGACCCUGAUGGGUAGGAACUGAUUUAAUAUGAAAAUUAUAUAUCUCACCCUUUAACCAUUUAACGCUCAGAAGUGAUUAUCGUGUAAUUUCUCCCUACCAUAUCCAUAAAUUAUCUUGUAAACAGGUAAUAAAAACACUCAAACUUAUCAAGUACAAGUUGUUAUCUUGAUCUAAUGCCAAUUUUUCAUUACUAAGUUACAAGGAAAUGUGUAGCAGCUAGAAGGGAGAAUUAACAAUCAGAUCUUGGGAGUUAGAGGGUUAAGGGUGUUUUGGUUUGAAUCUUCUUCCCUUGCCUUCUCUUAUGUUGGUUGUUGUUGGAUUGUAUUUCAGAGUUGUUACAUUUUCACAAGAGAGAGUAGAGCAAUUACAGCAGUUGUCCAAACAACCUGAUAUUUAUGAGAGACUUGCCAAAGCCCUUGGUUAGUAACAACAGAGUUUAUAACUUCUGUCUGAUUUUCUUUCCAUGUGAUGUUGACAAGAUGAACAUUCAUCACAUACUCUAAUAACACAAUGAAACUAAUUAAUUUUCUAAUUUUAAUUUUAUAGCCCCAAGCAUUUAUGAAAAUGAAGAUAUCAAAAAGGGAAUUCUCUGUCAGUUGUUUGGAGGAGCAAACAAAGAUUUUGCUGACACUGGGAGAGGAAAGUUCAGGUUAGUUCAUAGCUUUACCUUGAUCUUGCACAUUUUGAUUCUUCAAUAACAAAAUUACUUUAAGCAGUUUCAGCAGCACAAAGUAGCAAGUAGUAUUACCAUUGCCCCUCCUCCCUGGACCAGGUACUAUUCCUUUGUAGUGCUACCCACCAUUAUAUAUUCUUUUGACUCUUUGGGUCAAGAGAGCCACCAUGAGAAUGAAAUGUUUUUUGUCCUGGUUAGGGGUUGGGCCCAGUCCUUGCAUUUUCUAGUGCACUGCAUCAGGCCACUUCAACCACCAUUUCCAACUGUAUGUCUAUCUACUUGUGUAAUUCUAGAUCAGAGGUCAACAUUCUCCUUUGUGGCGAUCCUGGAACAAGCAAGUCUCAGUUGUUACAGGUUGGUAUUGAAUGGAAAGCACAUUCAGAGGGACAAAAUUUUAGAUCUUUCUUGAUUGGCUAUUGUUCCACUCUGGCUUAUUCCAGAAGAUGUAACACAAACUUACAUUUACAUUUGCCCUUUGCAAUUGGAACUGCUGGUUCUCUAGAGGACUGUUGUUUGCCUUUAUGACAUAAGAAAACAUAACUGUCUCUAAGUUACAGGCACUGAUGGUUUGGAAAUUAUUUUAAAUAGACUGCUGAUGAAGGAUGUUAAAAGGAAGUAGUAAAAAGGAACAGUGAACAAAGCAUUUUCAUUUUGUGUUUACAGUAUGUGCAUAACCUUGUUCCUCGCGGUCAGUACACUUCUGGGAAGGGUUCUUCAGCUGUGGGUUUGACUGCAUAUGUCACUAGAGACCCAGAGACAAGACAACUGGUACUACAGACGUACGUGCAUCAAGUCAAGUUUCUUUUUAUCUUAUAGCACUUUAUUUUACAAGGAAAUAGAAAUUCCCUGUUUGCCAGGCUAACCCUUUUUAACCUAAGAGUGACCAGUAUCUAAUUCUCCUUACAGUAAUAUUGCUUUAUCAUUCACUAAGACCAUGAAAAUAAAGGAAAUGAUCAUGGUUGUUUUAAUAAAUUCCCCUUGUCAGUACCGAAGGAAAUUUUUAUAAAAGAGUAUGGAGCAUAUACAUACUGAUUUUGGGUUUUAAAGGGUAAGGGGCCAUUUGAAAGUUGUUUCAAAUUAUUGCUGCAGUUUUUGGUCAAGAGUGAAUGAUUUUGCAGCAGCAGGGAAUUUUUUUGUCAUGCUAUUGUUGUUGCAUUUAAUGGAAUUGAUUAAACUUGCUGCUCAGUUAGAGUGACUGUCUUUUUAUUUCUAGGGGUGCUCUAGUGUUGAGUGACAACGGCAUCUGCUGUAUUGAUGAGUUUGACAAGAUGAAUGACAGCACCAGAGCUGUCCUUCAUGAAGUCAUGGUAAGAGGUUAACAGUGAUUUUAUAGAAAUAAAGUUAAACUAGAGAAACCAUACUCCAACUUUACUUUAAAGUUGCUGCAGACUACUUAUUUUUAUGUAGUGAAAUUGAAUGGAGGGUGAAGAUGAUGAUUUUGACCCAGGUAUACACCACAAAAAAAUUGUAAUAUAUCUAAUUGUUCUUAUGUACAUUUGAAUGUGUAAUUAAAGGAAUUGGAUUGAAAAUUAACUUGUUCCUUUUCUUGAAGUUGUAAUGAAAAACUAAAAGCUUCAACUCUGAUCCAUUUCUUUAAGGAACAACAAACUUUGUCAAUAGCUAAGGCCGGCAUCAUAUGUCAGUUGAAUGCGAGGACAUCAAUCCUGGCUGCUGCUAAUCCAGUUAAAUCACAGUGGGAUCCCAAGAUGACAACAGUUGAAAACAUUCAGCUACCUCAUACUCUCCUGUCAAGGUAGGACAGCUAUCAAAAGGCUUGGAACCUGUAUAAAACGGCAGAUUGCAGAUAUGUUACAAAUUUUAAAUCUUACCUUCAAUAUGCAUGCUUUCAAACUUGUGGAUUAUGUGGUGACGGAACAUCCACAUCCACCAUAAGAGGGGUCAUCAGAAAUUCUAAGGGAGAAGGGGUACUUUCCUUUGACCCCAAAGAGUGACUAGCAUCUAAUUUCUCCUCACAGUGUCACCCCUGAAUCACAAAGGAAGGUCAAAAGAAAAAAGGAAAUGAUCACCAACUAAAAAGGGUCUUGAUUGUUAAAAAAUUUCUCCUUGGUAUCAUCCUAGAAAAUGUAUUGGAAACAGUAUGGAGACUAUCAAUUCUAAUGUUUGGGUGGAAAGGAUUAAGGAAGAUGAUUAUGAGACAAUUUGUGGUAGUAUUACUGGUACAUAAGAAGAGAUUUUGAAAACAAAGUAAUCUACAAUUCAACGCUGACCUAUGCUGACAACAAUUGGAUGAUUGUUUUGGUGAUUUUUUGAUAAGAUGAAUAAUGCUAAAAACAAGCAACAGUCAAAUUGUAUUGUUUUAAUUUUGUCUACUGUGUAAAUUAAGAAAAGUUUUAAUAAAAUAUAGUUUUAAAACAAUAAUUUAAAUUUUUUUAUCAAUAGAUUUGAUCUGAUCUUCCUGAUGCUUGAUCCUCAAGAUGAGUUGUAUGAUCGUCGACUGGCCACUCACCUGGUGUCCCUGUACCAUCAGACACAGGAGGAGGAGGAGGAAGAAUACCUUGUAAGCUGGAUUAAAAUAAACUUAUGAGAGUUGUCUCCCUUAUUGUUUGCUGCAAUGUAUAUUAUGAAAAAUGUGGAUACCUUUAACAGCCUCUACAAGUUAUGUGUAUACAAUAUGAUAUAAUUUGUUCAGAAUUUAUUGAUUAAUUUAUAUAUUUCUUAAAUGUAGCUUAAUGGACAAGUCAAUAUAGUAAUUCUUGUAUUGCUUGUAAAAUUCAUCUCUAAAAUAUUUUCAUUAUUUCAACUAUUGAAAUUUUUUUUUUCUUUUAUUCUGCAAUAUAGGACAUGAGUAUACUUAAAGACUACAUAGCAUAUGCUCGCUCCUACGUGAAUCCUAAACUGAGUGAGGAAGCAGCUCAAUACCUUAUCCAGGCUUAUGUGGGUGAGGAACUUUGGUCAAUAACCCUGUAGUUCUUGUAGCAGUGAUUAGACUUUAGUCUUUCUUUGCUAGCUCAAGGUGUCUGAUAUACUGCUAAAAUAUUAUCUUGUUCUUUUGGUAAAAAUGUUCCAAAUUCUUACUCAUUCUUUGACUCUUUCAUUCAUUCAUUUUCUGCCUUUCUUUUUCCCUCCAUUUACUAAUUCAUUUCUUCCUUCCUUUCCUUCUUUCCUUGACCCCUUCCCUUUCAAAAGUUGGUCAUUUUGAUAUGCUUUGCUUUUGGUUUUUGUUUUGGUUUUUAACAACAUUGAAUCAAGAAAUAUUUUAAUCAACUGAUUAGAAAAUAUCCUUUAAAAAAUAUCCAGCAAACAAGCAACCAUAGCAACAGUAGCAAAACAGGAGGAUUCUAACAGUCAAGCAUGUUUUUUGUUUUGUUUUGUUUUGUUUUUUUGACAGAGAUGCGUCAGGUUGGUAGCAGUCGUGGUGCAGUCACUGCUUAUCCCCGUCAGCUGGAGUCACUGAUUCGCCUUGCUGAAGCUCAUGCCAGGAUGAGGCUUUCAUCCAAAGUUGAAAAUGUUGAUGUGGAAGAAGCCAGAAGGUACUUUUUGAGCAGGAAAAAAGUUGUUAACAACCCAUCUGUAGGAUCAAAGUCUUGAAUGUCUAAGAUACCAACAUAAACAUAUUUUACUCUGAUUUAGAGGGGAAAAAAGUUUACCUAAUAAAAUACAAUUCUAAAUCUUGAUAUUGUUUUCCUCAGACUGCACCGUGAAGCUUUGAAACAGUCCGCCACUGACCCCAAGACAGGGCUGAUAGAUGUCAACAUUCUUACAACUGGCUUGAGUGUGUCUGACAGGAAACGACGCCUUGAAAUUGCAAAGGCUCUGAAAGAAUUGUUACAGAGCAAAGGCAAAACACCCACUGUCAAAUAUCAGCAGACUUAUGAGGAGUUGAGGGAAGCUUCUGAUUUGGUGAGUGAGGAGUUGUGGCCUGCUUUGAUCUAUUUUAACUCCCUGAAACCCAAAAUGAAUGAGUAUCUAUGAAGCACAAUCAAACUGUCACAAAACUAUUAUAAACUCGAUAUGGUGACCAAUUUACAUUAUCAACUCAGUCGAUAAAAAUAAAUUAUCUCGUUAUACCACCCACUGGUGCAGUACCACAGAAACUUACUCCCUUCAUUAUGAAGUGCAUUUGUCUGUAGUGAUGUUUGAACUCAACUGGAGGCACCAGACUGCCAAAUGUGGAUGAUGAAAAAUUUCCUCAAACCCUUAACUCCUGUGAGUGACAUAAUUUCUUCUCACCAUGUCAACGAGGGGAUCAUUAAUUGAUCCAAUACCAAAUUCUUCAAACUAACAUGAUCAUAAAAAUGGUAUGACAGGCAGCCAGGAGAACUACUAAUAAGAGCCCUUUGAAACUGUUUAUGUGAAGCCACUAAAGAUUGCCAUUUUCUUUUUUUUUGAGAGGUAUUUGUAUGUUGCAUUUGAGAUAACUCAAGUGCCACCAAAUUUAUACAAUAUUCAGCGCUGAAUGAGAUCUCUAUUGUAAGCUCUUGCAAAUACCCCAGUUGUCCAAAGUGCCAAGACUACAUCAAGAUUCUUGUAUGCUAAAAUUUUACCUGUUUUAGAUUCUCCUUUCUUAAACCUUUUGUAUGGUAAGGAUGAAAUGGCUGAUUGUCUCUAAUAAAUGUAAACACCAUUUUUUUUGCCAAAGGUUUUAACUUGUGUGCCAUUAUUUAAGUAGGUGCACAAGUCUUAAGUCUUCUAAUGUCUACUUUUUAUUUAAUUUUUAGCCAAUAUCCCGAGAACAAUUUGAUGAUGCACUGAAGAUCUUGCGGGAUGAAGAUUUCCUAAUUGUCACAGGAAGAACUGCCAUUCGUUUGAUGUAAUACAAACUUUUUUAUUCCUGUUGGUUUCAAAAUGCUUUGAAAACAGAAUGUAAAUGUAUAUAUUAAAUUUGUUAUGCAUUGUUUUGUGAAAGAAAAUUGCAGGAGUUGCAUUGUUUUAUAUGGCAUGCCAUAACAUUAUGUCACUUGAAAGAACGUAUCUCCUGUGAAACUACACGAGGGCUCCUUAAAUUGAUGCUUUAACAAACUAAUUACUGUAUCUAAGCCUCUUGUAUGAGGGAUAUUUAGAAAAGUAUUCUCAUUGUGAAUUUAUGUCACUUGUUUCUUGAAAGAUAAAAACUCCACUUUUCAAACCAGA